AUGAUUGUCAACAUACCCCGAUUGCAGAAAAUACUUGACGGGGAAUCGAGUGCCGACAAACUGGGGCUUGCCGGCCUAUAUCAAACCCCCCUCUCCCGCUCUCUGGCUAGAGACGAUGUCUUAUUCCUGAGCCGGAAGGGGGCACUCACCAUCCCCGAUACUCCAGUGCGGAACAGCCUGAUCCGCAGCUUUGUCGAUUAUGUGUACGGAUCGAUGCCGAUUAUUGACCUGCAUGAAUUUUUGGAGAUCGUCGAACAGGGGGAUGGACAAAACGGGCAGAUUAGUCUGAUCUUGCUUCAGGCAAUCCUGUUUGCAGGGUCCGCGUUUGCCAACAAGGAACAUCUCGUCGUUGCGGGAUACCAAAACCGAAGGGCUGCGCGUCACGCACUCUUCCAGAAAGUUCGGCUCUUAUAUGAUUUCGACAGCGAACCGUGCAUGACACCCUUGAUCCAGGCUACCCUCUUAAUGACCUAUUGGUAUGACGGAUCACAUGAUCUUCGAGACAUUUGGUAUUGGAUGGGCAUCGCCAAGGUUCUGGCUGAUCAGAGUGGUCUCGAAGAUGGAUUGGAGAGAGAAAAUGCCACAGAGGCUGAAAACCGUUUGAACCGACGACUGUGGUGGUGUAUUUUUGUGAGGGAUCAACAUAUUGCGCUUGGAAUGCGUCGACCGGCCCGGAUGAAGAUAGAAGAAAGUAAUAUUGCCAUGCUCACACUCGAAGAUUUUGACUGCAAAUCUAGCUCCUCUGCCUUGGGGAUCUUGCCCCCAGAUUGCACCUUGCCACGAGACCAGGGCGAGCAGAGGAAGCUAGCCGACAUAUGCAUCAAACAGUGCGAGCUGUGCAUCUGCAUCAACAGGAUCUUGUCCCUGAUGUACAAGGUCUCCUAUGUCCUUGGUCCCCGGGGCUCAUAUUCAGUCCUCGUGCCAAAGAAUGAGAACGGCCUUGCGAUUUGGGAGGGCGCUCACGAAUACGAAGUAAACCGGUGGAUGUGCAACUUGCCAAAGGCCUGCCGAUAUGAUUCCAUGUCUGCCCUGAAAGGAUGCGACUCUGAGGUCCUCGUGGUCCACAAAGCAAAUCUGAAAAUGCUGUAUUUGACAGCUAUCGCCGUGCUGCAUCAUCCUCACAUCCUGCCGUUUUCCCCAUGGUCGACGUCAACAUCUCCAUUCUUCACCAUGGUCCAGAAUCUUCAAAGAGCUCCUCGAGACAGGAUAUGCCGAACUGCAAGUGAAGUGAGCGGGAUCGUGCGCGACUUAAUGGAGCUUGACCUCAUUCAUUGCCUGUCAACAACCAGCGUUACUGUCAUGUUGCCGACGAUGAUGGUUCAUCUGAUCAAUAUCAAGUUCGGAUCCGAUGAAGUCAUGAGACGGAGCUCGCACGAAUUCUCAGAUGGCGCGCUACUCUUACGAGCUUUGACAGAUGUCUACCCGAGUGCCGAGGCAGCGCUUAAAUUUAUCGGUAAAACAGCUCAAUCGGCUGAUAUUCAUCUGAAUGCUUUGACCCGAUCACUCAUACCCACGUGGAGGGAUCCAGAGUCCGAAGCGAACCGAGACACUGCAAAUGGUCUGAGCGGGCCCCAAGAUGAAAGAGAAUCAGGUGCAGCUGAUAUGCUUGAAGCAAAGCCGAAUGGAGAAUAUCAGUCUUCUGCAAGUCCGGAGUCUCAAGAUGAUGGUACCACGGCCACACCUGAAGCCAACGUCGGAAAUCUCUCUCUCGGGCUAUCACAGAACUAUCCCAAUCACAACGAUCUUCACGGGGUGGGUGGCAAACGCUUCGCUGCACAUGCUCCUGUUAAAAGCAACCAGCAGAUGAUGCAAUAUGGGAGUGUAAUAUAUGCAGGAGGCCCUCACUAUUCAACAUCUGACGGCCAGGGCAGUGAGAAUGGUGAGUAUGAUCAGAUGAACAACGAUAUGAUGAUUGGGAUAGAGCCAUGUCGUGAGGGUUAUUUGGGUAUGGAGUCCAACUACAUGACACCAAUGCUCUCUGAUCAAUUUCUAUCGGAGCUUUCAUGGGUGGAGAAUCAGUUGUAUGGGGAAAUUUCGUCUGUAUGA